CGAGAACAUACCAGAGUGGCCGCGGCCCUCCAUCCUGACUCUGGGCAAUGCUCAGUGCUCGAGAACUCGCUGAGGCGGCGGUCCAACUGCAGGCUUUCCGUCGAGAGGGCGAGCAGCACUUCCAGACGCAAUCCGACAUAUUGAACAAGUACCACGCACUCCUGGAGGACUACAAACGCCUUCAAAGUGAUCAUGAGGAAGCGCGAGACUCGCGCGAUAAGUACAAGCAGCUGGUCAGAGGCCAAGACCGCGAUCCAUUCGUCCUCGUUCUACUUGAUGGCGAUGGCUACGUGUUCGAAGAGAGCCUCGUUUCAGACGGCGCUAAUGGAGGCUCGCGGGCGGCGAGUCUGCUGAACGAAGCGAUUAAGACGCGCCUACGACAUCUCGACCUGGACCACUGUCGUAUAAUGGUACGCAUCUAUGCCAACCUAGCUGGCUUGUCCAAAGCACUCGCACACGUAAAGCUCUGCGGCGCGGAAAAGCGGUCUCUCUCCCCCUUUGUUGCUAACUUCAAUCGGUCCGGAGACCUCUUUGAUUUUGUGGACGCUGGAGAGCUCAAGGAAAACGCCGACUUCAAGAUUCGGGGGGUUUUCCGCCAGUUCGUUGAGAGUACACAGUGCAAGCACAUAUUCCUAGGAGUUUGCCACGAUGUUGGCUACGUGUCGGAGCUUCAGCCUUAUGUUGGCGACAAAGAUCGCAUCACACUCAUAAAGCAUUACGCCUCCCAUCGCGAGUUCUCCAAGUUGAAUUUACGCGAAGAAGAGCUGCACAGAGUCUUCAGAGAUAAACCUUUAGAAGCAGCACAAUCGCAACCUGAACUCAAAAAUCACAACAAGACGGCGACGGUGGAUACUGGUAUGGGGACGGCAUGCGCCUACUAUCAGAAGGGUACAUGUAAGAAUGGCUCAAGCUGCAGCUUUAGACAUGUCAGGGAGACUGCGUCGCCCAUGAAGCCGCAGAACAGGUUCCAAAUGUCGAAUCUCGCUCAAGGCGACCAUGAGUUCAUGAACGGGAACUCGAAUAGCAUUCGGAAAGCCACUAAUGGCACGAAUGAUCCAGCAGCAUUGCUGCCUCGUGAAGAGGAUCUCCCAUCCGGAACGAUUGCCCUCAACAACCGAGGACAACGUAUAGACCCAUAUGCUGCUCCGUCAUCUCGUGCAGAUAGGGCGGAAUUCGAAGCACGCGUAGCUAAUAAAAAGCUCUGUAACAACUAUCAUAUGGGCGGAUACUGCCCAAGCGGCGCAGACUGCCUAUAUGACCAUACACCAAUCACGCCGCAAAUACUCGAUUGCCUGAAGUUUGUGGCAAGACAUAAACCAUGUCCAAAGCGAGGAGAAUGUCGCUCCGUGGCGUGCUGCCUUGGCCACAUUUGCCAGAAGCCGGACUGUAAGCAUCGAGGUGGCAAGUCGUGGUGUAAAAUCCCAGAGGCAUCUCACAACGUCGAUCUCCGCGUCGCAGAGUUCGUCCCAGGAAGCGGUGGGAUCAGGUCGAGCGGCGACAGCAACACCUCUAGCACUGCUAGCAUUAUUGCAACUGAUGGUGAAAGCGACGACGGAGAACAAGCGCAAGGAGCCGCCAUCUCCAGCGCACUUCUGCGAUACGCGGAGCUCUGAUAACGAAGCUAGUUAUCACCCAGGGGACGACAUCAGUUUACAGUUAGCUGAGCGUUUCCAGUAUCGAGAAACCUCACCCAUCAAUCAUGCAUGCUGGAUGGGUAUUCGUAUCAAGAAUGGGCCCUUGCGCUCCCCGCACGGCCAAGUGUCAAAGCAUGCUAGCCCACGCUUCAAGCAUGGAUAGCCCUGGCGUGCGUGGAUUUUACAGUACACAAUACAGAUGAUCCUUUCCCGGGUAUCCUCGUCAGCAACAGAACCGCUCGCAAUGGAUUUCAGAGUAUGUUCAUACCGUGCAGCUGCAGCUUUGAUCAAUCCAGGACUUGUGCCUCACUACGUACAAUAAGCACCAAAUACUCGGCCAAACUUGAGACAAAUCGAAUCGGAUACAACUGUUGAGCGCAGUAUGAUAUACACACUGAGCACUUCCUUGCUGUCCCUAGCAUUCGCAGGACUACUUCUGCUCGCGGCUAGAUCCUACCUCUCUGUCCUCUGUCUACGUCGUAACCUCCCACCAGGGCCAUUUCCCCUUCCUAUCUUUGGCAACUUCUUCCUCACUCGUCGUUCACGACCAUGGAUCCACUGGGAGACACUCUCCCAGCAAUACAACAGCCCUCUGAUCACCCUCUGGCAAGGUAGUCGACCUUUCAUUGUCUGCAAUGAUGCCUGGACUGCUUCCGAAUUGUUCGAAAAGCGGGCGCCAAUUUACUCUUCGAGGCCACAUCUGAUUAUGAUGGGAGAUCUGCUUGAUAUCUCGGACGCCAAUCAAGUCUGUCUAGUGUAUGGUGACAAGUGGAGGUUGCAUCGAAAAUUGACGCACAGCGUAGUGGGUUCGCAAGCUGUUCGCAAAUAUCGCAAGUUCCAAGGCGACGAGGGGAAGAUACUGCUGAGAGAUCUUCUCGAACGCCCUGACGACUAUGUCAUGGCCAUCGAGCGCUACUCCGUCUCCACCGCUUCGUUCAUCGGCUGGGGUCGACGCAUUGACAAAAUGAACGACUAUGUCGCCCAACGAGCUCUCGAUUUCAUGGAAGGCGUCAACUUCAUCAUCCCCGGCCAAUUCCUCAUGGAGGCCUUUCCAUGGCUCUACAGUCUCCCAUGGUUCCUCAACCCCAUCCCCCGCCUCGUGAAGAAAACCAGCCGCAAAGUCCAUCGAUAUUUCUACGAACUCUCCAAAGAAGCUGCCGCACAAACCAAUUCUGAAAAAACAACAGAAUCUUUCGCCCACAGCCUCGUGACCGCUCAAGUCCAAAACGGCAUCUCCGACACCGAAAUCGCCCAACUCACCGCCAACCUCAUCGGCGGAGGCGUCGACACCACCAGCAGCACACUCAUCAGCCUAAUUCUCGCCCUCGCCACUUUCCCCGAAGCGCAACGCACAGCUCACAAAGAACUCGACCGCGUCGUCGGCCGCAACCGCAUGCCCGACUGGGAAGACGAAGCUCACCUCCCUUACAUCUCCGCUAUAGUCUCCGAAGUCCUUCGCUGGAGAACUGUGACCGUCCUCGGCGGCCUUCCUCACGCUCCCAUUCAAGAUGACGUGUACAUGGGCUAUCACAUCCCCAAGGAUACGUGGAUUGUCGGCAACAUUUGGGCAAUUCAUCGCCAUCCUCGCGAUUAUCCUGACCCAGACGGUUUUCGUCCCGAACGGUUUUUACCUGAUGAUGAUGAGGAUGAAAACCACAACAAUAACAACAAGUGGAAACGUCCUCACCCUUCCAAAAAAGGCCAUUCGGCUUUCGGUUGGGGAAGGAGACAAUGUAGUGGCCAACCUCUAGCGGAGCAAGGAUUAUUCAUCGCUACAGCGAGAUUAUUGUGGGCGUUUGAGGUUCGGCCGGGAAUUGAUCGGGAGGGAGGUGGGAAGGAAGUGGAGUUGGAUAUUUUUGCUUUUACGGCAAGUGAGAAUCAGAGACCGGUGCCGUUUUCGGCGAGGUUUCUGUGUCGCGGUGAGAAUGAGGAGGAUAAGGGGAGGAUGAGGGAGAGGAUUUUGGUGGAGGCGGAGAAGGCGAGAAGGGAAUUGGAGAGGUUUGAUGGAGAGAGUGCGUUGAGGGUUUGA